UUUAGGCUGAUGUUCAACGGCUAUUAACACAGGUGCGCCUGGAUCUUUUUGCGUAAUUUGCGGACGUCAUGAGAUGCGUGUUUACUAUGUGAAUGCAUGUUGUUUGGCGUAACAGGCAGAAAUGCGCGUCUGCGUCUCUGCGGCUCGCACUGAAAACCGUGCAACUGGGGCAUGCAUUCACUUUAACAGAGGACCAACAAGCUGGUGUAGUCUGUUAGCAGAUCCACGGGGAAAAAAACAAAACGACGUCUCGGUUGGUGUUUUUUGGGGAUAACACUGGAUUACUGGAGCUGCAGGAGGUCGGUUUGAAGGAAGAUUGCAGUUUUAAGGAUAAGGAAAAACGUACAAAUCACAAAUGUGAAAAGGCAAGUGCGUUUCGAGAUUUGCACGUCGUUUUCUUUUUUCCUCUUGCAAUCUGAUUUUCAGCCGCGAUCCUUUGAAAUGCAGCCUCUACCUGACAGAUGUGUGGCACCACAACUGCAGCCUACAGAGAGCAUCUCCUAUCUACCUUCUGAUGAUCUGUUGUGGUUGGCUGUGGAGGACUGAGGCAGCUGCAAAUCUCCAUCAACGUCUGCCACUUCAAACACAACAAGACACAGGAGGACAGAGGCUGCUUCUGGCUGAUCAAAGAGCCAGCAGACACAAAGCACCUGUAGACGAUGACUCCAGCAGAGCUUCUGGUGUGAAAACAAAUCAGCAUGAGAUAAUCAAGGAGAAUCCUCCCAUGCUAAUUGUCGAUUCAAGCAUUUUUCUGUUUUGGCGAUGAUGAAACUGUUCCAGUGUGUCAGCUGACUGACGGGGGUUGCAGUGCUGUUCUAGCCCCGGGACAUAGCCAGCAGCUGAAGCGCAGACAACACAAAGGAGAUGGCCCGUCCAGGAUCAGGGUUGCUGGUGCCCAUCAACGGGCUGGGGUACCCACCUCAGAACCUGGCCAGGGUGGUGGUCUGGGAGUGGCUGAACGAACAUGGGCGCUGGAGGCCCUACAGUGCAGCGGUGUGCCACCAUAUUGAGAAUGUACUGAAGGGGGAUGCCAGGGGAACUGUAGUUCUGGGCCAGGUGGACGGCCAGCUCUCUCCUUACGUCAUCGACCUGCAGUCCAUGCACCAGUUCCGACAGGACACAGGCACCAUGAGACCAGUCCAGAGGAACUUCUACGAGCCAUCGUCUGCCCCAGGGAAAGGUGUGGUGUGGGAGUGGGAGAACGAUAGCGGCUCGUGGACGCCAUAUGACAUGGAGAUCUGUGUGACCAUCCAGAACGCCUACGAGAAGCAGCACCCCUGGCUCGACCUGACCUCUCUAGGCUUCUGCUACCUCAUCGACUUCAACAGCAUGUGUCAGACCAACAGGCAGAGCCAGCGCAAGCGGCGCCUGCGAAGACGCAUGGACCUGGCAUACCCGCUCAUCAUGGGUUCCAUCCCCAAGUCCCAGUCGUGGCCUGUGGGAGCCAGCUCCGGCCAGCCUUGCUCCUGCCAGCAGUGCAUCCUGGUCAACAGCACGCGGGCCGCCUCCAAUGCUAUUCUGGCGUCCCAGCGGCGUAAGCUCUACGGUGGGACAGCAGGAAACCCGGGCGCUACAGGAACUCUCGCUGUAGUACGGCAGAGCAAUACCUUUGCUGGAACCUCCCUCUGGUCUCCCACAUCCGCCUCCUCCCGCCCCAACAAUAUUAACAUAAGUAUGGGAGGUGGGCAAGCCAAAGCUGAACAGGUGCAGUUGCCAAUGUCCACUGCCAAUUUCCCCUGUUCCCCCUUGAUGCCAUCUCUUUCAUCUACAAAUGGCCACCAUGCUCUCACCAUCAGCGGACAAAACAACCUGAACAGGCCAGGCACACAGCGCAUUUCCAUGGGCACUGCCAGAGGAGCCAUCCCACCAGGGGUUCCUGCCCUCCCAGUAAAGAACCUGACUGGAUCUGGACCAGUGCACCCAGCACUAGCAGGCAUGACAGGUAUCCUGAUGUGCGCUGCAGGUCUGCCGGUUUGCCUGACUCGGGCCCCCAAGCCCAUACUGCACCCACCACCCAUCAACAAGAGCGACAUGAAGCCUGUGCCGGGGAUCAACGGCAUGCGCCGCAAAACCAAGAAGAAGCACCUGAGGAGAGGCAAAAACCCAGAGGAUGUUGUGCGACGAUACACAGAGAAGAUUAAAGUGGCACCAGAUGAGGACUGUACCAUCUGCAUGGAGAGGCUGGUCAUGUCAUCCGGCUAUGAAGGCGUCCUGCAGCACAAAGGCAUAAAGCCAGAGCUGGUGGGCAAACUUGGCAAGUGUGGGCACAUGUACCAUCUGCUGUGCCUGGUGGCCAUGUACAACAAUGGCAAUAAGGAUGGCAGUCUUCAGUGUCCUACAUGCAAAACCAUCUAUGGGGAGAAAACAGGCACCCAGCCUCCUGGGAAGAUGGAGUACCACGUCAUCCCCCACUGCCUGCCCGGCUACCCAGACUCAAAAAGCAUCCGCAUCGUCUAUGACAUUCCUGCCGGUAUCCAGACCAAUGAGCACCCCAAUCCCGGGAAGAAGUUCAGUGCAAGAGGGUUCCCUCGACACUGCUACCUCCCUGACAACGAGAAAGGCAGGAAGGUCCUGAAGCUGCUGAUCAUGGCCUGGGACCGACGCCUCAUCUUCACCAUCGGCACGUCCAGCACCACGGGCGAGUCGGACACGGUAGUAUGGAACGAGAUCCACCAUAAGACAGAGUUCGGCUCCAACCUGACCGGCCAUGGCUACCCCGACCCUAACUACCUGGACAAUGUCCUGACUGAGUUGUCGGCCCAGGGGGUCCGCGAGGACAACCUGAAGGACUGAUGGCCGGCUGAGCUGGCACACACCCACCAUGCCUCGCCGUCUCCCAGAGUACAGGACACUGCAUGACGGGCAAACAAGCAGCCGACAUCUCUUUACUCCCCACGAACAAAAUCCCCCUGCAGAAGUGGUGGCACAAGAGCAACGGAAGCGAAAUAAAUGAAGUGGUUAUGGUCAAUAUUUUGAUUUGUAUAACCUAAGAUCCCCCCCCCCCUGUGAGCUUGUUCUGUUCACGCCAAAUUUUCUCAGAGGGUUGAAGUACGUUAAGGUAAGAUUUCUGUCCUGGUAAAUGGUAUUUCUCCCCCUUUUUAGAUUCAAGCUGAAGCUGUUCCUCUGCACUUGGUGAGGGGUCAAAACUAUACAAAGGCAUAUUUGUGAAUCCUAAACUCCAGAAUGCAUGGCUCAGACUAACGCUGCAUAAUGAAGGUUGGUGCAAUUCCAUGCAAUCAGAUAGAUAGAUUAGAGAAAUUGAAGAGAAUUUUUGCAUUUUGAAUGAAUCCAGAUGAAUUUAUUAUCUGCGUCCCCUUUUCCUCUAAUAAUUAAAUAUUGUUCUGUAACAAGUGGUAAAACUUGGUUUUGUGAUUUAAAGGAUUGUUUUGGUGAUGUAACUGUAAAGUUGCUCCGAAGAUCUCUGAGAUUUUAAACUUCUGAUACCUUGGGUCACUUGUUUUCCAAAACGGAAGUGUGUUCUGCAGUGCAUGAAGUAGAUUCCAGGAAGAUUAAAAGCUAUGAGACUUUAGUAUUUGGUAAUAAACGUAAGUUGUAUGGUUAACCUUGUGGACUGUCUAUGAGAGGACAUGUGACAUAGAUGAAACAAGCAUCUUACCAGUCAGUCUGAUGCUUGUUACGAGGUGUUGGAACUUGGCAGGCUGAGGUUGUGAAGCGGGAUUUGCUAUGCUCCAAGGUUAAACUCAUUUGGUUUGUUGACACACUGGUUACGAUGACCUUUGUGAAGAUAAAGCCUGCAUUAUUUGUCUCCCUGUUGGAGGCAAACCCAGGCAUCGGUACGAUCCAUCAUGCUGACCAUACAUGAGGGCUGAGUGUGUGAUUUAGUACUCUGAGGCAACGAUAUGCCGUCUUGAGGUCCUUGAGGAGAAUAGCUGAAUGCACUUGGACACAAAUGGAUAUUUUUCUUUCAAACACCAACAGUUCUCCCUUGAAGAUCACUCUUGGGCUCCUGCUAGCCUGCGAUCCGCAAGUCUCUUGUGAGCUUGUUUGCGUCUGGGGAAAGCAUAGGGCUCCACUGCUUGUAAGGCGAGCAAUGAAAUAUCGUAUUCCUUGUGUGAGCUCACUCACUCAGUUGUUAAGGCCGAUUCUGAUGUAUGGCCACGCCCCCACUUUCCUCAUCCUGCUCAGCCGCAGCAUAGCCUUUCAUUCUGCGAACCACGCAAAUGUUGAUUUAGUAUGUAAUUCACUAGGAACUGUUUUUUUUCCUACACUCUCCUCUUCCCCCUCAGAUUUUAUGCCCCUGAGGUAAUAACUUUUUAAAUGUCCUUGGUGGAGAUAUUGUGCUGUUUCUUUACUCUGAGGUAAAAGAUAACCCAGAUCUGCAUAAUUUUCCAUUAAUAUAUCUGAUCAAUUUUAAUGAGCGGGGGCGUGGAUGUAAGGUUUGUCGUGUGGGCAUCCAGUUGUGAGCUUCAUUUUGGAGUGAAUCAUAGUCUUCCAUAGCACUUUGAGGCAACAGUUUUGUGUAAAUCAGUUGUUUUAAGUUUUAGGAAAAUGUCUUAAAAACCCGCUUGCAAAGCUUUGAAAUGUAUGCGUGUAUAUAUAUAUAUAUAUAUAUAUAUACAUAUAUACAUAUAUAUAUGUAUAUGUGAUAUACAUUUGCAGGUGUGAAAUACCUUUAAAUUCAAGCUCAAUUUGAGUUGAUGGUGUAAGUUUAAUUUAUUUUUAUACUCUUCUAUAUGAAAAAAUAUAAAAUGAUCAAUAUAUACAUACCUAUACACAGGCACACGUUAACAUGAAUACAUCAAAUCUGACAAAGAUGAAUUUGUCAGUAAGUCAGGGACUGUUGAAAUAUGUCCAACAUCUUAUGGGCGUCUUAUAUUACAAGUAGUCUUAGCGUAUGCUGCUGUCGUUACCUUAAUCUAGAAUCUGUGUAGUUGAUCCCCUGUGGGACUCCAAUAAAUACAGUAAAUGUGUCUUUAUUAUUGGCGGGGGAGCUUUAGCAGCAUGUAGAUGUCCAAUCCCCCCGAAUGGGCCAUUUCUCUUUUUCUACUUGUCCAGAACCUGGAGAUGGAUGUAAUCAGCACUCUUUGUUCAGUUUGAAGGUGAAAAUGGCACACCUGGGUUAAAUAGCAUCUACAAAUAGUUGUUAGUGUUUGUUUAAGCUAACUGGAACAACAUAUUGGUGGGACUGACCUCUGUCACUACAGUUGUCAAUCAAAGUACAGUGAAUUACUACAUUUAAAGGCCCUGAAAACCUAAUGCCAUCAAUGAUCUCUUUACUAUGUCCUAAGGCUCAUUUAUGCUCAACGGUAGCUACGUAUACGGAUGGAGCUUUCAGUCUGUACUCAGCGUUCAUUCAUUUUGUCCGUAUUUGUGCAAAUUUUCUGAAAGCUUGUGCAUACCGCAGAAAAACAGAGGGAUACAGAAAUCAUGAGGCCAGUGUAGGCAGUAGUUAAAGCGAGACACGAUCGUAGGACACAACAAAGAUAUUU